GCUCUCGGCGCAGUUCUGUUUUCUGGCCUGCGGCUGAAGUUCGGCGGAGCGGAGCUGCUGGAGGCGGUUCUGAGCGUGAGUCCAGGUGUUUGGUUCUGCUGGAGGAGGACUUGGUUCCGGUUCUCUGGGCUCUCUGCGCCGCUCUCUCCUCCCGGACUGUCAGUCACUAACUCCGCUCACACUCACAUGGUGGCUGCUUGACGUUUUUCUGCUUUCCCGUCUGGAAAUCCGUCCGGACCGAAUUUCAGGAGAAAAUCCCGGAGGUUCUGGAGGUUCUGGUUCGUGGACCGAUUCGCCGAGUCUGAGGAUCUGUCAGUGCGCCUUAAGUCCAGGAUGGAGCUUCUCUGGAUGUGUCUGCUGCUGGACGUGAUCCUGACCUCCACCGCUGCCAGAGGUCCUCCCAGGGUGUCCGGCAGGGCGAGCCACCGUCAGAGCGUCCGUCUGGGCCGCACCGCCAGGCUGCCCUGCCCCGUGGAAGGAGACCCGCCGCCCCUCAUCAUGUGGACCAAAGGCGGCCGGAACAUCCACAGCGGCUGGACCCGGUUCCGGGUGGUGCAGCGCGGCCUGCGCAUUAAGGAGGUGGAGACGGACGACGCAGGCAGCUACGUCUGCAAGGCCACAAACGGCUUUGGCAGCGUCAACGUCAACUUCACGCUGAUCGUCAUCGAUGACUCCAGUCUGAGGAACGGAGCGGGGGGACCCAUCAGUGACGCUGUGCACCCCCCAGACCUGGCUGGGAAACUGGUUCGUCCACGCUUCACCGAGCCGGCCAAGAUGAGGAGGCGGGUCAUCGAGCGUCCGGUCGGCAGCUCCGUGCGCCUCAAGUGCUCGGCGAGCGGGAACCCGGCGCCAGAGAUCGUCUGGCUGAAGGACAGCAAGCCGCUGCUGGACGAGGAGAGCGGCGCCGGCGGGGAGAAGAAGAAGAAGAAGAAGAAGAAGUGGACCCUGAGCCUGAAGAGCCUGACGCCGGAGCACAGCGGGAAGUACACCUGCCAGGUGUCCAACAAAGCCGGCGAGAUCAACGCCACCUACAGGCUGGACGUCAUCCAGCGGACCAUCUCCAAGCCGGUCCUGACCGGAACCCACCCGGUCAACACCACCGUGGACUACGGGGGAACCACGUCGUUCCAGUGCAAAGUCCGCAGCGACGUCAAGCCCGUCAUCCAGUGGCUGAAGAGAGUCGAACCCGGAGACGAGGACAAGUUCAACUCCACCAUCGAGGUCGGGGACCACCGCUUCGUGGUGCUGCCCACAGGGGAGGUGUGGUCCAGGCCGGACGGCUCCUACCUCAACAAGCUGCUGAUCAGCCGAGCCAAGGAGGAGGACGCCGGCAUGUACAUCUGCCUGGGAGCCAACACCAAGGGCUACAGCUUCAGGAGCGCCUACCUGACCGUGCUGCCAGAUCGCAAAUCGCCGCCCAGCUCCGUCCCCGCCGUAGCGUCUCCCAGCCUCCCCUGGCCCGUCAUUAUCGGCAUCCCAGCGGGCGUCGCCUUCAUCCUAGGCACCGCCCUCCUCUGGUUCUACCAAUCCAAACGCACCUGCACCUCCUCCUCCUCCGCCCUCCCCGCCGCCCAGCGCUUACCGGCGGCGAGCCGCGAUCGUGCCGGCCCGCCGCUCCCCGCCGCGGCGCCCAGCGCAGACAAAGAUUCCCUGUCGUACGAGGAAUACCUGACGCAUCAGCAGCUGCUGCUGGCUCAGGGAGGAGCUGGCCUGGCCGCCAAGGCCUACCCCAAGAUCUACACGGACAUCCACACACACACACACUCACACGUCAGCGGCAAAGUGCACCAGCACCAGCACAUCCACUACCAGUGUUAGCGGUCAGCGGGCGGCGCCGUGCCACCUGGACCCGGACACAAAGACGCAUUUCACCCAAAGACUGAGAGCCGCAGCAGCGGACAUGCAAGAGAGCGUGCAACUGUGCUGCAGACGACUCUCUGACAGCAGACGCCUCUCUGACAGCAGACGCCUCUCUGACAGCAGACGCACUGAAGGAUGUAGAGAAAGAAGGUCCUCAGUUUCACCCCUACCAGGGAAAUCUACCAAAGCAGCAGAUCAGUUCUCUGGUCUAUCAAAGCCCAGCUUGCUCUGGGAACCUGCGUCACGCAGCAGGAGAACGCCUCAGCAGGAGAACGCCUCAGCAGGGUGCAGCGUGGCCCUGCAGCCUUUAUCGAGAUCAACCCACUGUGAUGGAGCAGCAAUCUGCAUCUUAACGCAUCGUCUGAAUAUUUCCACUCAGACACACGGAUGCAGGGUUCCUGUAAAAGUAUUCACGCCCUUAGAACUUCUGCUCUUUUUGUCGUGUUACAAACUUGAUCUGUUUUAGUGGGAUUUUAUGAUUCCGAAGGUUUGAAAUGGUUCAAAGCUAAAAAUCUGAAAAGUGUGGCAUGCAGUUGUGUUCAUCCCCCUUUACUCUGGUCGGCUUAAAUUAAACAGGAUGCUCCGCUUUAAACAAGUUCUUUUCUGGGUGAAGAAAACAGCAGAAGAAGUUUGUAGUUUGCAGAAGAUCCAACAGACCUGGAAGAUGAUGCUGCGCUCAGAUGAGAGGAAAACUUCCUCCACCGACAUGUCCGGCCUGCGCGGGUCUGAGGCGGUGGGUGAUGUUUAAGAUGUUUAAAAGUGAAAGCUAGAAUUAGAUGAAAAAGUGCUGAUGUGACAUUUGAAAAUCCAACAUUUUCCCUGAUGAGGAAAACCCUCAGAGGAGUUUCUGUGGGCAGGCUGCAGCAAACGAUGGGGAAUCAUCUGCUACCUUCAGGUUUUCAGUUAUUUUUGCACAGAUCUUCAAACUAAAGAAGGAAAAUGUAGAAAUCUGUUUUUAAAUAAGACAUUUAAUAUGUUGAUGUUGCUCCCUGAUAUGUUAUGUGCAUCAGCACACUGCAGUAGCUGUGAAUCUAUUUCUGGUCCAUUUACCAUUCAUCUCUGCACCGACUCUGCUGCCUCAUCCUCUGUUUAAACCAAUAUAGUGAAUUCAUGCACAUCAGACACAUUUCAGUGGCAGAUGUGGUCUUUACCUGUCUUACAUUUCAGCCAGGAACCGUAAAUUCAUGUUCUACAUGCUCAUGGUGCAUCUCUAAAGGACUUAAACGGCCUGUUAGCAACGGCUUUGACUGCAAACAGCAUCCACAAUGUCGUGUUUCUUUUCCCUGUGGGAUGUUUUCUGUGCCCUCAUUGCAUUUUUAUUUAAAUAAAAAUAGAUAAUCAGGUAUUUUUUUAUUUCCUGUUGAAGCAAAGAAUAAUUGUCCUGAAGCAGUUCUUAGUGCAGCUGAAGCACGCCUCUCAUCCUGUUACUGACUGGACCUGAUGGACUGCCGCUCAGAAAACUGUGGAAAUGUGAACUCACCACUAACAUUUACAUGGAAUAACAUCAGUGCUACACAUGACUUUCUUUAAACUAUACAGGUUUUAGCAUCACCUGCAAAACAGGACAAAAUAUAAUAAAAAGGAAGGUGUGUUUCUAAUUUAUUCUACAUUUCUUUUCCAUAUAACUGGGCAUUAUACUGCAUGAAUGGAUUGUGUGUUAUAGUCAUAAAGGAAGCUAUGUAGCGAGUACUAUGUUCAUUUUAUUGUAAGAUAAUGUAUAUGUUCUGACAAAUUAUACAAGUUUUAUUGAUUAUCUUCAUAACGACAAUCUUGUACAGAUCUAGUUCAUUUAGAUUAAAAACUCCUUUCUGUAACAUUACAUUCAUGUUUUUGGUGCCAUUAAAACAUGAAACCAUGUUUCUGGUUAUUCUCAUAAAGUUA